CACCAAUCGUUCAGUUACUCGCGAACUGUUCACGUGAAACGGUCCUUUUUUUUGUCUUUUAAUUUCGUGUUUAGUGCGAUCGCGUUCUUCAUACGAAAAUUAUUUAUCUUUUUCACACGACUGCUAAAAUUAAUUUUGGGAUUAAUUUCAACGCAAUUAACGUGUGGAUUUUUCAUUUGGUGACGAUUGACACAGUAUUAAAAUAGCAGCUUCAUCAAAAAGACGGAUAUCUUUAGCACACUUUUGGUACCAAAAUUGAUGCAUACAAUCGACAAUAAAAAGCACCAAAAACGAAAUAAGGCUGUAUACACGCAAGCACGCCGGCGGUGAUGGAUGAGACGAUUAUUUGUGGAAAUGCGUAGUCGAACAAUUGAUUUACGACACAAAGGCCGAAGCAAAAAGAAGAAUAUCGAAAAACGCACGACAAUCUAAUCCAAACAAUGGAUCAUACACGCAUCGGUUUGGAAUACAUUGUGGAAAAUCGUGAAUAUGUCAUAAAAUUAGGAACCGCACUCGAUACCACCAAUGCAACCGUUAAAAAGCAAGUGUUUGAAUUGCUUUCGGCACUGUGUGCGUACAAUGCCGACGGUUACGCACGAGCCCUAGAAACAUUAGAUCAUUAUCAGAAUUUAAAAGGCGCACGAUAUCGCCUGAAAAUUGUGGUCAGCGAACUUGAAACGGCAAACAUUGAAUACCAAGUAGCUUUGUUAUCAUUUGUAAAUUGUCUUAUAAAUGCAACACAAGGCCUGCGAGAGCGAAUACGCCUUCGAAAUGAGUUCAUUGGUCUAAAAAUACUGCCGAUUCUGACGAACAUAAGACGAGUUUCGGGUAAUAAUGCAAAUGUUGCGGUUCAACUGGACGUAUUUGAUGAACAACGUGAAUGUGACGAGGCACAAAGCCUCCAGGGACCAAACGGCAUCAAUUUAAAUUCCCAUUUGGAUGUGUUCUACACAAUUUUAGGACAGGUCGCCGAUACACCACAGGAAAUUCCAUUUUUAAGCAUUUUACAACAUUUACUGCGAAUCGAUCCAAAGGAAGCGAUUAGUGAUAUUAUAUGGGAUUGCGCUGAAACACUUGUACAUCGAGCCACAUUAUUGGAGAAUCGUGAAGAUUCAACACGUUUGUUGCGAACGCCAAGCGUUCAAAAAUUCACCUGUUCGCAUUGUCGCACCGAUAUUUCUAGUCCGAAUCGUAAGCAAUCCAUUGCAACGCCAGUCACACCAACACAUCAAACAACACAACCGAUACCGCUCUCUCCAACAUCACCGACAACUAUAGAGCCCAUUAUUGAUUCAAGCUCAAAAGUACCCAAACCACCACCUCCACCACCACCAAUGGCUGGCAAUCUUCCUUCAGCUUCGAAUUCGUCAAAUCCAGCUCCGGCUCCACCACCACCAGCAUUGCCAAAGACACAUCGGCCAAAAACACCGGAAAUUGUUGAUCUAGGUAAAUUAUUGCCGCAACAAGAGACACCAGUACCAAAAACAAAAAUGAAAACCAUCAAUUGGAAUAAAAUCCCGUCGAAUAAAUUGAUGGGAAAAACAAAUAUUUGGACAUUAGUGGCAAAUUCGCAUCAGAACAGUCCAAUGGCAGAGUUAGAUUGGAACGAAAUGGAGGGACUGUUUUGUCAGCAAGCAACUAAUUCGCAACAAAAUAGCCCAAAAAUGGGUGCACGAUUGGAUACGUCAUCAACAUCAGCCGAAUGCUCAAAUGGAAGCGAACGAAAGUCAAGAAAAGAAAACUCAGAGAUUACACUUUUGGACGGAAAGAGAAGUUUAAACAUCAACAUCUUUUUGAAACAAUUUAGAACAACAAAUGAAGAGAUAAUCCAGCUGAUAAAAGAUGGUGAACAUGACGAUAUUGGUGCGGAAAAAUUGCGUGGAUUAUUAAAGAUUCUACCAGAAAUUGAUGAAUUGGAUAUGUUGAAAGCAUUCGAUGGUGAUAAAUUACGACUGGGAAAUGCGGAAAAAUUCUUGAUGCAAUUAUCACAAGUUCCAAAUUACAAACUUCGCGUCGAAGGCAUGUUAUUAAAGGAAGAAUUUGCGGCGAAUUUGAGUUAUUUGGAGCCAAGUAUAAAUGCAAUAAUCUUUGCUGGCGAUGAUCUAAUGAAUAACGUUCAACUCAGAGAAGUUUUGUAUAUGGUUGUCGUUGCUGGUAACUUCCUGAAUGCAGGUGGUUAUGCGGCACACGCGGCUGGAGUUAAAUUGGCAUCACUUCAAAAACUCACCGACAUUCGUGCCAACAAGCCGGGCAUGAAUUUGAUACAUUUUGUUGCACUGCAAGCCGAAAAGAAGAAUCCAAGUCUAUUGACAUUUCCUGAAAAUUUAACCGCAUUGGACAAUGCAUCGAAAACAACGUCUGAGCAAAUCACAAAUGAAAUUAAUGCGCUCGAGGCACGAAUUACAAAAAUUAAGCGUCAAAUCGAUUUACCAACGACCGAACCCGAUUUGAAAUUUCAAAUGUCCGACUUUCUUCAAGCGGCCGAGAAUAAAGUGCAAAUGCUACAGCGUGGCAUGAAAGAGGUUGAAGCGCUUCGAUUACAAUUGUCCGAGUUUUUCUGCGAAGAUCCAAAUACAUUCAGAUUGGAAGAAUGCUUUAAAAUAUUUCAAACAUUUUGCGAGAAAUUCAAACAAGCCGUUAACGAGAAUGAACGUCGUCGCUUGCAGGAGGAACAAGCAACCAUUCGACGAAAAUUGCGCGAAGAGCAAUUGGCAAAACGUGCACGACAAAGCCAAGCUGGCACACCCGUAUCAGAUUCCGACAAUAGUUUAAUGUUUGACUCAUCACAAUUGGAUAUUAGAGCCAGUCCGGCGAUGAGACGGAGAAUGGGCUCUUUUAAUAGCGGCGGAGAGUAUCGCGAUGAUGGUUUCUCACCAGACAUCACACCAACCGGCAGCUUACGACGUCGUCGAAGUCGAGUUCUUAGCGAAGAGGAUGAUAAUAAUCUCAUGGAUUUCUUGAGAUCAUCGGCCAAUGAGAAUAAUUUCCGCGAACGUAAAACGUCGUCGUACGGCAGUUUGGAUCGUUCAUGGGCGCGCCGGGCACGCUUAGGUAGCAAUAGCAAAAAACGACCCGAUUUACUUAAUAUCGAUUUCAGUUUGGAACGUGAACGACCUGUUUCACCGGCCAAUAUGGAUGCAGCCAAUCGGAUUGCACACGAAGACGCAAGGCCAAGGUAUAAGUUUGUACAAACUCAUUUUGACAAUAGCAAAAUGUUUGAAUCAGAAAACACCGUUCAUUGGACAGCCGGCGCAUACACCAAGAAAUUGAUUGGUCACAAACUGUAUGAAAAUUCAAUUGAUCAAACAUCAUUAACCGAAUUGUUGAAAAUAUGCCGUGAUGAUGAAUACGUUAUUUCCAAAUGUUAUCAGCUGAAUCAAGAAAAUAUUUUCGCAAUGCAAUUCUAA